AUCUCUCUCCCUUUUCACAUCUCCCGUGCUCCAUUUCUCUCCUCCCAUUCCCGAAUUCGUCUUUUCCCACCUAUUUCACCUGAUCUGCUCGCACCGCCGUUUGACCUCGGCCGAAGCGAAACCGGGGUUCCUCGGUUCCCCAUCUUUCAACGCGGAACGGUUCGUAAUUUCCGUUGUCUUUCCGCUCGUGUCUGUCGUCGCCCCGGUCCGUCGUAUUUUAGGAGGGGUUCACCGCCUGCGAGGCGAUUUGCUGUAUGCCACUGCAUCUCACCUCGCGAUCGGGCGCGGACGGCGGCGCCGUGGAAUCCGACGAUCGCGAGCACAAGCGUCAGAAGAUCGACGGCGAGGCAGCAACUUCAGUAACCGACCCUAAAUUAGACGACUGCGUUCCGUCCAAGUUGACCAAUCUGUCGAAUCCCGACGCGGAAAUGGCUCCGCAGCCGACAUCUGACAGCGCGAACGGCGCCGCAGCCGGCGCCGCCGCCGGCGGAGGCGGGGAGAUCGUGAUCGACGAGGAUCUGCACAGCCGGCAGCUGGCGGUGUACGGCCGCGAGACGAUGAAGCGCAUGUUCGGCGCCAAGGUCCUCAUCUCGGGCCUCAACGGCCUCGGCGUGGAGAUCGCCAAGAACGUGAUUCUAGCGGGCGUCAAGUCCGUGACUGUGCACGACACAGUCACGGUCACGGUGCAGCACCUGUCGGCGCAGUUCUACCUCUCGGAGGCCGACGUGGGGCUCAACCGCGCCCAGGCGUGUGCGGCGCGCCUGCAGGAGCUCAACAAGGCCGUGGACGUGCACGUGCAUACCGCGCCUAUCGAGAAGGAGUUUCUAGGGGGGUUCGAGGCGGUCGUUUUCACUGACCUCCCUCUGGACCAAGCAGUGGAGUUUGACGCGUUCUGCCACGCGCACUCCCCCCCCGUGCCCUUCAUCCGCUGCGACACCCGGGGCGUCUUCGGCUCCAUUUUCUGCGACUUCGGCCCGUCCUUCACCGUCACCGACGUCGACGGGGAGGACCCCUUCUCGGGUAUCCUCGCUUCCGUGGCCAACGACUCCCCCGACGCGCUGGUCACCUGCGUGGACGACGAACGGCUGGGAUUCCAAGAUGGGGACCUGGUGGUGUUCUCGGAGGUGCGCGGGAUGACUGAGCUCAAUGACGGCAAGCCCCGCCGCGUGCGCAACGUCCGAGCGCACUCCUUCCUCCUGGACGACGACACUUCAGCCUAUGGGGCGUAUGAGGGGGGCGGGAUCGUGACUCAAGUGAAGCAGCCCAAGCAGCUGGCGUUUCGCACGCUCGCUGCGUGCCUGCACCAGCCGGGGGAGUUUCUCCUCAGCGACUUCGCCAAGUUCGACCGGCCCCCGCUGCUGCACCUGGCGUUCCAGGCCCUAGACGCCUUCCAUAAGGAAACCGGGCGCUUCCCUGCGCCGGGAUCGGAAGCAGAUGGGUCACGGGUGGUGGAGCUGGUUAGGGAGGUGAAUGGGCGGGUGGGGAAGGAGGCGAAGGUGGAGGAGGGGGUGAUUGCGGAGGGGGAGAAGCUGAUCCGCCAGCUGGCGCACGGGGCGAGCGCGGAGAUCUGCCCCAUGGCCGCCAUGUUUGGGGGGAUUGUCGGGCAGGAGGUGGUCAAGGCGUGCUCGGGCAAGUUCCACCCGCUCCACCAGCUCUUCUACUUUGAUUCGGUCGAGUCACUGCCUGCCGAACCCCUCUCAGCGGAGGAGACGGCCCCCACCAACACGCGUUACGACUCGCAGAUAGCCCUCUUCGGCCGCUCCUUCCAGGCCCGCAUGCACAACUGCUCCGCCUUUGUCGUGGGGGCAGGGGCCCUGGGCUGCGAGCUGCUCAAGAAUCUCGCCCUCAUGGGUGCCUGCUGCUCCCCCCCUGGGGAAAAACCUGCUGAACCUGUUGCCGGUGGUGGUGUUACCAGUGGUGGGAGCGUGCCGCUGAGUGGGAAGGGCUAUUUGACGGUGACAGAUGAUGACACGAUCGAGAAGAGCAAUCUCAGCCGUCAGUUCCUCUUCCGCGACUGGAACAUCGGGCACGCAAAAUCCUCGGUUGCAGCAGACGCGGCGAGGGUAAUUAACCCUGCGCUGCGCGUGAACGCCCUGCAAAACCGCGUGGGGCCGCAGACCGAAGACGUGUUCGACGACACCUUCUGGGAGCACCUGGAUGUGGUGAUCAACGCGCUCGACAACGUUAACGCGCGCCUCUACGUCGACUCCCGCUGCCUCUACUUCAGCAAGCCGCUUCUCGAAAGCGGGACGCUCGGCGCGAAGUGCAACACCCAAAUGGUGGUCCCAGGCGAAACGGAGAACUAUGGGGCUUCCCGAGACCCCCCUGAGAAGCAGGCGCCCAUGUGCACGGUGCACUCCUUCCCGCACAACAUCACGCACUGCUUGACGUGGGCGCGGAGCGAGUUCGAGGGGCUGCUGGAGCGGACGCCCAGUGAAGCGAAUGCCUUCCUGAGUGCGCCGGAGAAGUACUGCGAGGAGAUGAUGGGCGCGGGGGAUGCGGCUGCCAGGGAGGCACUGGAGCGCGUCGUGGAGUGCCUCAUCACCGAGCGCGCGACGAGCUUCCAGGAUUGUGUGUCGUGGGCCCGGCGCAAGUUCGAGGACUACUUCGCCAACCGCAUCAAGCAGCUCACAUACACCUUCCCCGAAGACGCCUCCACCAGCACCGGCCUCCCUUUCUGGUCGCCGCCCAAGCGCUUCCCCUCCGCUGUCGUUUUCACCCCAGACGACCCCACGUGCCUGGCGUUCGUGACAGCUGGCGCGAUCCUACGGGCCACCACGUUCGGGAUUGAGGCGCCGGAUUGGGCAAGGGAUGGGAAGAAGAUGGCAGAGGCAGUUGCCAAGGUGGCGGUGGAGGAGUUUGUUCCAAAGCAGGGUGUCAAGAUCGUGACCGACGAGAAGGCCACCAGUGCUGCCACGUCGGUGGGGGACGACGGCAAGGCGAUUGCAGACCUGGUGGGAAGGCUCAAGGACGGCAGCAAGGGGCUUUCAAAGGAGUUCCGCAUGGUGCCAGUGCAGUUUGAGAAGGACGACGACACCAAUUACCACAUGGACCUCAUUGCCAGCCUCGCCAACCUGCGUGCGCGCAACUACACGAUUGGCGAGGUGGACAAGCUCAAGGCCAAGUUCAUUGCUGGGCGCAUCAUCCCGGCCAUCGCCACCACCACGGCUCUUGCCACAGGCCUCGUGUGUCUGGAGCUCUACAAGGUGCUGCAGGGCGCCAAGGCCCCUGCUUUGCGCAACACCUUUGCCAACCUCGCCCUCCCGCUCUUCUCCAUGGCGGAGCCGGUGCCGCCCAAGAGCGUGAAGCACAAGGAGCUCACCUGGACUGUGUGGGACCGGUGGACGGUGGAGGGCGACGUCACCAUGCAGGAGCUGAUUGACUGGUUCCAGGCCAAGGGGCUUGAAGCAUACAGCAUUUCCUGCGGCCAGGCCCUGCUGUUCAACUCGCUCUUCCCCCGCCACAAGGAGCGCCUGCCUCGCAAGGUGCUGGACAUUGCCAAGGAGGUGGCUAAGCUGGAAGUGCCUGCGUACCGCCGCCACUUUGACGUGGUGGUGGCGUGUGAGGAUGAGGAUGGGGAGGAUGUGGAUGUGCCCCUCAUUUCCAUCAAGUUCCGAUGAGGCCUACCCACGCACCCGCACACCUCAUCCAUACAACGUCUCCAGACCGAUAGGGACUUCCGUAGCUCUUCUGGAGUCUCUAAUUCUCGAUAACAUGUCACACGACUGUAUGCACUAGCUUUUGUAAACUACAUACACUGAGGAUGGAUUAUGGUCACUCAGAGCACUGAUGGUGCAUGGCAAAUUUCAUGGAAUGGUGGUUCAGUUUCGACAAUGGAAGUACCUAAUGGCGGUGCCAUGACACUCAGUUUGCAGACUGGU